AUGACCGUGGCCCCUGUGAUCAACCAAUGCCAUUGGGCUAUCCGCAACUUCCAUUGGCACGACAGCUCUGAUGAGUGGAGCUACAUGGCCCAAGGAGUGAUGCAAGUCUAUCUGACCUCUCCCACUGGUGUCCCUUGGCAUUCGGCAGUGAACACUGUUGGCCCGGGUGGAGUCUGGUUCUUCCCCAGGGGUUGGCCUCAUGCCUUUGUCUGCGUCUCCGAAGAAGGCUGCAACUACGUGCUGACCUUCAACGGCCCACAGGCCGUGGCUGUGAACGAUCACAUGAUUGCAGAGACCUACGCCCAAAUGCCAGACAAGAUCGCGGCCUAUUCCAUGGGAAUGAGCCAAGGUGAGUGGGCAACUGCCAAACCAAAGGUUGGGAACUUCACGUCGACGUUCUUUGCCAAAGUGGAUCCCGGCAAGUUCAAGUGGCUGCCGGAAGAGACUGCGGUACCAGCUGCUGUGAACCGAAGCGAUGUGGAAGUGGAAGAUACCAACGAGGGUUUGGGAGAGGGAGUUCAGGUCUUCAACAUCCGAACGGCUCAGUUCCCUUUUGCGACCCGCAUGUCCCAACAACGCAUCGUCUUCCAACCUGGAGGCUUCCGUUCUCUGGUUUGGAUCACCAAUGCUGCUGCGAUCAUGACUGUGAUCAGUGGCCAUGUGAAUGCAGCAACCCAAGGUGGCAUCAGUGGUGCUAUCAACACCGUGCCCUCCUCCAAGUCCUACUACGGGAAGAACUUGGGACCCUUCGAUUCCUUCUAUUUCCCCAUCCGCCGUGGCUACUGGAUUGAAGAGGCUACGGGGACGGAACCGGCGGAAGUGAUUGUGGUCUUUGAAGUGGGCAACUGGGAAGCUCUUGAAGCCAAAACCGGUUUCAGCUGUGCCAAUACUUUGGGAGCCCCCUGGGCCUAUGAAGCCACGACUGGGGGCAUUGAGUGUCCUUCCCCAUCCUUGGCUCAACGUGGCGGAAAGCGCAGCUUGCGUCGUCACGAGACCGAUGCUCAAUCCUUCAUGCAGGAACCAGAGCUUGAGACGGUGAACGUUGAGCUAUGA